AUGGUCGCCAGAGACGGGUCUCAAGAACCCACGGUUGAGAAGGAAGUCAUCACCGGCUUUGCGACCAUCGCCACGCUUGCGAUUGGAGUCAAAGCUUGGGUGGAGAAGGAUGGAGAACCCAGGAAGGCAGAGAUAUUGUCAAAGACUACAAGGAAAGGGGAGCCGGUGUUUUAUGUCCAUUAUCAGGAUUUCAACAAGCGUCUCGACGAGUGGGUAGCCGCUAGUCGUAUCGACAUAACACGAGAAGUCGAGUUCCCAGUCCCCGAAAAGCCAACGCCACCAAAGAAGGAACAAUCGUAUCCAAACCUCAAGAACCAAAAGAAAGACAAAAAGUUACCCAGAGAUAGCAUAGCAUCUACACCGGACCCAACAGCAGGUCCGUCGACUCCAUCAGCAUCCACUUCUCGUCCUCUAAAGCGUAACAGGGUAACAUUCGAGGCCGAACAUGCAUCUCCACAAUCCUUCGCAGCCACGCCGGCUCCGGACGAUGAUGGCAUCGAUCUCGUCGAAACCCCUGCUGGGAAUAUAAUCUCAGCUCUACAAACCGAUCCUACAAUUGGUAAUAAUGGCGAGGUAGAGGGCUUCUCAAAAGAGAAGGAAAUCGAAAAGCUCCGUACUUCGGGGUCUAUGACACAAUCCGCUCAUGAGGUCGCCCGCGUCAGAAAUUUAUCAAAACUACAGAUUGGAAAAUAUGAAGUCGAAACGUGGUAUUUCUCUCCCUACCCUGCGGAACUCACGGAAUGUGAUGUUGUUUAUAUCUGUGAGUUCUGUUUGAGCUAUUUUGGAGAAGAAAGGAGAUACCAGCGACAUCGGAUGAAGUGUGAGUUGUUUCAUCCGCCUGGGAAUGAGAUUUAUCGAGAUGAGAAUGUCAGCUUUUAUGAAAUCGAUGGGAGGAGGCAGAGGACUUGGUGUAGGAAUUUAUGUCUGUUGAGUAAAUGCUUUUUGGACCAUAAAACGCUUUACUACGACGUCGACCCUUUCUUGUUUUACUGCAUGACGUCGAGGGAUGAAUAUGGUUGUCACUUGCUCGGAUACUUUUCGAAGGAAAAAGAAAGUGCGGAGAAUUACAACGUGGCGUGUAUUCUCACGCUACCGCAGUACCAACGUCUGGGAUACGGUAGACUUUUGAUAGCUUUUAGUUAUGAGUUGUCAAAAAGGGAAGGAAAGUUGGGGAGUCCUGAGAAGCCGUUGAGUGACUUGGGAUUGUUGGGGUACAGAGCCUUUUGGCAAGAAGUUAUUGUGGAUUUGCUGGUUGAGGUGAAGGAGAAUAAAGGGGAGAUUAGUGUGGAUGAAAUUGCGGCGAGACUGGCGAUGACGGCGAAUGAUGUGGUGCAUACGUUGCAGAAUUUAAAUAUGAUCAAGUAUUUCAAAGGACAGCAUGUUAUUUGCCUAACUGCGGGUGUGAUCGCCCAGCGAGAUGCUUUACUGGAGAAACAGAAGGUUAAAGGGAAGAGAACUAUUGAUUCCAGUCUAUUGAAGUGGAAGCCACCUGUUUUCCUGGCGGCAGCAAAGACUUGGAAUUGGUAG